AUGGCCGCUCCACACCACACCGACGACUUUGAAGAACAUGAAGUCAUUCCAGGCACGCGACGCCUCUACGAUGAGAAUGGAAGCACGCUCUCGAGCGAUGCCUCACUGCUGAAGCAUGGCGACAUUGUUCUCGUCCCGCAGCCGACGGAAUCGCCCAACGACCCCCUGAGAUGGUCUCUUCCGCGCAAGAUCUGGCACUCGUGUUUGGUGUUGUACAUUGUGGGGCUGACGGCCGCGACUUCGAACAACGCGGGCUCCGGCGCGGACGGCGUCAACGAGGAGUACGGCAUCAGCUACGAUGUCUUUAACACCGGGGCAGGUGUCUUAUUCGUUUCCAUCGGUUAUUGGACUCUGCUCAGUUCACCGCUCGUUCAUCUGUACGGCCGACGUCUGGGUUAUCUCAUCUCCAUGUUGGUAAACAUCGGCGGUCUCAUCUGGUAUGCGCGCAUCACCGACGUGAACGGCGUCGUUUGGUCGCAGCUUUUUGUCGGCGCUGCUGAAUCGGUUGGUGAGGCCACCGUUCAACUGUCGCUUCUGGAUAUCUGGUUCGAGCACCAGACGGGUAGUGUGCUUGGUAUUUAUACCUUCGCAACUGCCAUUGGAACAUAUCUCGGCCCUCUGAUUGGCGCGAACGUAUCGAGCCACCUGGGCUGGCGAUGGAUCGGCUGGCUGGGUACCAUCAUCUGCGGUGUCAGUCUCAUCGUCAUCUUCUUCGGCCUUGAGGAGACCGAGUUCAAUCGCGAUAGCUACCUGACCAGUGGUAAUGACCACUUCCCUGGCAGUAGAGGGGCUCAUCCGGUCACGGAGAAACGUGCCGAGGACGCUCCACAAGGUGAUGAUGCUGCUGCUUCGAAGGAGACAUCCCAGAAGCGUAGUCAGCUUGUGGAAGAGCACACCAGUCACGAUGUCGAUCUUGGACGGACGGAAACAGCUCGAACCCGUGCCUCCGUCUCGUAUGCCCGACCAAAGACCUACUGGGACCGAAUCCGCAUCAUCACUCCUGCCCCCAACCUGCAGGGAACGGGAGCAAAGCAGUACUUCCACCGUCUCUGGCAUACUCUGCGUGUCUUCACAUUUCCCGCCGUCUGGUACGCCGGUUGGCAGUGGGGCCUGCAGAACAUCUGCCUGACAUUCUACCUCACGGUGCAGGAAGAUUGGUGGUACGGCGAGCCGUGGAACUACACUCCGGCCCAAGUCGGAAACAUGAACCUGCCAACUCUGAUUGGCAGUUUGAUCGGCUGUGCGUAUGGCGGUUACGGCAGUGACAAGUUCAUGCAGUGGAUGAUCAAGCGCAACAAGGGCGUCAUGGAGGCCGAGUUCCGGCUCUACCUCAUGGCUCUGUGUGCCGUGGUUUUCCCUACGGGCAUGUGGCUUUUCGGCAUCGGGUCUGCGCGAGGAUGGGAUUGGCCUGUGCCGUAUGUUGGACUGGGCUUCAUCGGCUUUGGCUACGGUUGUGCCGGAGACUUGUCGUUGGCGUAUCUCGCGGACAGCUUCCCGCAGAUGGUGUUGGAGGGAAUGGUCGGUGUUGCCGUCAUCAACAACACGAUCGCCAUGGUCUUCACCUUUGUCGCCAGCUACUGGAUUGACACUGGAAUGGAGAACUGCUUCAUUGUCCUUGGCGUUCUGAGUUUUGUUAUCAUGGGCACCAGCUUGCCCAUGAUCAUCUAUGGGAAAAGGACGAGGCGUUGGGCAAAGGACAGAUACCUGAGAUUCGUUGAGAUCCGUGACGGAUUCUCCAAGUAG